CCAUGCAAACUGAAAACCCUAAGCUUCUUGUCCUUCAAAACUACAAAAAAAAUUGUUAGAAACCACUAGAGAUAUCAGGAAAAAAAAUUGUUGAUUUAAACAAAGCACAAAAUUAGGAAAUAAUUAUGGCUGGAAAUGAGGAAUGGAGAAAGAUGGCAGAUACACAUAAGAUGAGUCCAGAAGAAGUGACAAAAGCUGGAGUUGAGUCCUCUAGAAGACCACCAGGCCACAAUCCAGGUACUGUACUACAUCAAAGGGGGCGUUUGCCUUACAGCAUUACAACAAUGACUAUUGUUGGUUUAGCUAUCACAGGUGCUGUUUGGUACGGCACUAUGUAUGCUAUGAAGAAACCUGAAGCUAGUGCUGUUGACGUGGCAAAGGUUGCCACUGGAGUUAGUGGCCCUGAAGAUACUCAUCCUCGCAAGUAGCUUAUAAAAGAAAAUAA